UUUUUUUAAUUCAUAUAUUAUUUUGAUUUAUAUAUUUUGCAUUUUUCUCGCAAUACGUGUUAUAUACUUUCACAAAUACACGGCAAACGAGAGUCCUAAACUAACUUGGUCUCUUCUUUCUAAUUCUCAUCUGUGUUCCAUACAUUCAUAAACGGUGACUUGUCCUUUGGACUUCCUUUGCAAAGAAUCUCAGCAUCUUCCAUCACCACCAACAUCACCAUCACCACUUCCACCAUGAUUCAGGAGAAGACCACCACCGUUGCAAUGUAACUGGGCAUGAAUGCAGACAUCUGCUACAUAAACAUCCUCAUUGCCGUCAUCACCAUCAUUGUCGUCAUCCUCAUCAUCAUCGUCACCACAAUCAUUCUCACCAUCAUGGACACCGCCACGGGUAUAGACACUCAAUACUUCCUGCAGGCCCUGCAGGACCCAGGGGCAACCAUAAGUCUGAACAGACCCAAGAGGAACAUCCUGGCAUUCCCCCUCCUCCAGGACCUCAGUACCCUCCUCCUCCUCCCGGGGGUCCCCAUCAUUUUCCUCCUAGUAAAUAUCCACCACCACCUCUUGGGCCUCCCCCUCCCCCACCUUUUCCUCGUAGGCCAGAUGACCACCACCAGCGGCCAUAUGAGAGGUUUCCUAAAGUUGCCCUUCCCUGCCCCCAACGUCAUCACAGGUGUAAUGACACUGUGUGUAAAAGAGAAGAAAGCGGAUCCUCAGAAGAGCAAGAUUCGUUCAGCAGCUACCAUUCUUUCCAUCGUAGCAGCGGGGACUUUGUCCACCGCGUUCCAAUUCCAAGUGAACACGAUGUCCUCCAAGCUCCUGGUGCCAACUUUCUUGACCAU